AACUCAACCCAUCAACUCAACUCACUAUAACUCACCAUGGAUGACGAUUACGAGGGCGACGAUUACAAUGAUGGUUAUCCCAUGGAGCCUGAAGAGGAGGAGCCCGAAGAGUUGGAACCAGAGCUGAUGGAGGAUGAGCACGACGAGAAUGGCAAUUUGAUCCAGAGGAAAGAUAAGGUCGACAUUGGCAAGCCAACCAGCUUUGCCUUGCCUCUCAAGGCCGUUGCCAAGGAAGAUCGCACCACCACUCCUUAUAUGACCAAGUACGAGCGGGCAAGAAUCUUGGGUGCCCGUGCUCUUCAGAUCAGCAUGAACGCCCCAGUUCUUGUGGACCUAGAGGGCGAGACUGACUCGUUGAACAUUGCCAUGAAGGAACUCAACAAUAAGAUGAUCCCUUUGAUCGUUAGGAGAUACCUGCCCGACAACACAUAUGAGGAUUGGGAAGUUUCGGAGAUGAUCUUGCCCUGAAGGGUUAGAUCAGGAAAUUGGUGGAUACUUGUAGCAAUAGUGGAGGAAUAUCGUACAUUAUAUAUUUUUUUUUCCCCCGCAAAUAAAACCAGAACAAAAAACGUAGAAGCAGUACAAUGAAUGGAGCUUGGGGGUCCAUGGUGCGCGGCAGAUUUGGACAAAGGAGAUAGAUCAUGUGAGAGGUCUUCCA